GUUGGUGUCAAUCUGACAGAUGUUCAGUGUGUAUUUUUGGUUUAAAUUAUUAUAUAUAACAGAAAACCGCGGGUGAAAUUCUCGAGACGCAGGUGCAUCAAAAGUAUUGUCGUUUGCAAAUCGAAAAGGUAGAAGACAUAAAUUAUCAAAAUGGCAUUUGCCGGGUUAAAGAAGCAGAUAAAUAAGUGUAACCAAUAUGUCACAGAAAAAAUGGGUGGUGCAGAGGGCACCAAGUUGGACCUGGACUUCAUGGACAUGGAAAAAAAAACCGAUGUCACGUACGAGCUGGUGGAAGAGCUUCAGCUCAAGACCAAAGAGUUCCUACAGCCGAACCCGACGGCUAGAGCGAAGAUGGCUGCAGUAAAAGGCAUUAGUAAGUUGAGUGGUCAGGCGAAGUCGAACACAUACCCCCAACCUGAAGGUGUGUUAGGUGAUUGCAUGCUGCUCUAUGGCAGGAAAUUGGGGGAUGACAGCAUGUUCGGCGGAGCCUUGGUCGAGAUGGGUGAAGGGUUAAAGCAGAUGGCCGACUACAAAUAUUCCUUGGACGAUAACAUCAAGCAGAACUUCCUCGAACCCCUUCACCAUCUGCAAACGAAAGACUUAAAGGAGGUUAUGCAUCACAGGAAAAAACUUCAAGGACGGAGGUUGGACUUCGAUUGUAAGCGAAGAAGGCAGGCCAAGGCUACCAAAACGACUCUUAGUCCUUAUUCGAGUCCUGUUAAAGUACAAGCGAAUGUUUAUGGAGCAAAUUUUUCAGAUGAUGAAAUCAAAAUGGCCGAAGACAAGUUCGCUGAGUCGCUACAUCUUGCCCAAAUGGGGAUGUUUAACUUGUUAGAAAAUGACGUCGAACAAAUAUCUCAAUUAGCGACAUUCGCUGAAGCAUUGCUGGAUUACCACAGACAGUGCACCGAAGUCCUCGAACAUUUGACUGAAGCAUUGCUUGAUAAGAAAAACGAAGCUGUCAAUCGUCCAAAGGUCGAAUUUGUCCCGAAAACACUCCAAGACCUCAACAUAGAAGUGACAGACGGAUAUAACGGUAUAAAUGAUAAUAAUUUCAUUAAUCAACAUGGCAGCAAUACAAACCUGUCGGGCAGUUAUCAGUUUAAAAGGCCUGCCCCGAAAACCGCGCCCAAACAGAACAAACCAGACUUGCUACCCUUAAAACCUGACCCCCUUGAUCCCUGGAGUUUUCCUCAAGCAUCGCCAUUGCCAUCGCCCAUGAAGUCUCCAGCAAGAACCCCGAUGGUCCGGCAGCCAUGCUGUACAGCUCUUUACGAUUUCGAUGCGGAGAACCCUGGCGAACUGGGUUUCAAGGAGAAUGAAGUAAUAACCCUAUUGAAUAAAAUAGACGAGAAUUGGUUCGAAGGUACGGUGAAUGGGAGGACCGGUUAUUUCCCCGUAAAUUAUGUAAGAGUCGAUGUGCCAUUACAAUGAAUACUAUCGGGUUAAUAAUAUUUACAAGUAUCAACUGAAUACAACCCCUGUUUUGCUUGUUUAGAAAUGAAACAAAUUAUUUUAGCUUUAUUUUGUAAAGAAUUUACAUUGUCUAAUUCAACUGCACUUAUUACUACUAGUCCCUUUUUAUCGCGGAGAGGUUAUCAUAUAUUAAGUAGAAGAAACCAGUUACAUAUUAAACGUAUGUGAGAUGCUUUAUCGUAACAUUAUUAACUAAACUGUAAUUGUAAUUGUAAGAUUGUUGAAAAUUUGAUGAGCGACUUAUUGUAACGGCAGUUAUAUUUUUCAUAAAAAUUUUGUAUAAAGUUAUGGUGCAUUUGAUUUAGUAUUGAAUUAGUGAUAUUUUGUGAAGUUUCGAAUGAAUAUCAUAGACCUGAUCUACAAUUUAAAUAGCCAUUGUAACUGGACAGUACUGAAAUAACGUGUUUUUAAAUCGUUUUGCACAACGAACGUCGUUCAUUGUGGAAAACCAUGAAAUUGUCGAUUGGGUAUUAUUUACUUAGUUUAUCUGUAUAGGGAAAAAGAAAAUGCAAUAUUACGAUAUUAAGGCGAAUGUUUUUAAAUAGUUUUCGAUCUUCCCAUUUUAAUAAUUAAUAAUAUGCAUUGAAUUUUGACGUUACGAUAUAUUGUGCAGUUGAAAAGUUCGAUUACAUUUCUUGAUUGUUACAUACAAUAUUAACAUAAAAACUAUUUAAGAAUAAUUCUAUUGUAUAUAUGUAGUUUAUUUAGUUUUUAAUUAUUUUAUAUAAGUAGGUCCAUAAAGAGUUAAAUAGUCGAUCAAUGCAACACACGAAGAAAGUUGUACUAAUGCUCAUUCAUAUACAAGACUGAUAUUAUUAUUCAAUUUAGUGAUUUUUAUUUAGUAUAGACACAUUCAAGAGAUCAAAAAGGCAUAUGUUCUUGAUAACAAAUGAUUUUUUCAUUUAGUAGCCCACAGUUUUACGUAUAUAUAUAUAUGUGUGUAAACAGCCCAGUUACAAAACUGAACCCAUCAUCGAACAGCUAGUGUCAAAUUGAUUAGUUGUUUAAUUAAGUUUUUGUACGGAUGAAGAAGGGAAAAUUUACCAAUUAAACAUGUUGUAAAACGGUUUUUAAUGGCCUCAAAUGAUUAUAAUUCAGUUCUUGUGGAGCAAGCGACUACGAAGCACAUUUCUAUAACUUAGUACCUGAUUUUAUUGUUUUUAAAUUAAUUUAUAUCUCCAUUGUUGUACAAUAUAAUUUUAAGGAUUUUAGCCCCUAUAUUGAUGUAUUGUAAAAUAUUUGAUUAGACUGUAGUUGUGGCCCCAAUAAUUAGACGUCAUUCACGGUUGUGUAUGUAUAUUUGUUCUUAUCAAUUUAGUCAAUAAUGACCGAUUUUCGAUCAUGGAAUUAUUUCGACGUCAUGAUCUCACUGUAAGAUUUAACACCAGAUUCAAAUUAUAUCUAAAACAAAUCCUUGUGUUUGUGCUGGGUUGUACACGUGAUGUUUUGGUUUUGGUACUUUUUAUUUUACGUAAAGGUAAAUGAGAAAAUCAAUGUUGGUCUCCUAUAUGAACAUUAGUGAAGCUAAAUUAUUUCUUGCAAUUUGAUGAACCUUGAUGUUAAAUGGUCUUCUAGUUAUCUCUGUAUGAACUAAUAAAGUUAAAUUGUUGUUUCUAUUGUGAAAUAUCUUAAAAUUUUAUAUUAUAUGAAAUAUAUGCAGAAUAAAAAUAUAAUAUCAAAAACAAAACAAAAAAAAAUGGAUGAAGUUACUGGCGCUGGGAGCCAUAUGAUUCUGGUUGUAUGCGAGGUUGAAGACUUAACUAUAUUAUUAACUUUAAUGAUUUUUAAGACUUUGUCUCAACCUUUCACAACUUGCCAAAUAUGUUAAAUUGCAUGAAUUGAAAAAAAAAAUUAAAAUAAAUAUAUGUGUUUAAAAUAUAAAAAACAACGUUUUGUUGAUGUUUUCAAUGUAGAUAUAGAUUUCCGCUGAAACUUUAUUCACCCUAUAAUGUUAUCACAUCAUUUUGUCCUGUUCCAAGUCUCGUUUUCGGUGCUGCUUCUUACGUACUGCACUCAUUUUUUGUGUGACAGAUUUUAAUAAAGUUUUAGCUGAAAUAAUAAAUUAUUUGAAUUUGUCAUUUGACAUGCUAUAGGUGUAUUAUAUUUGUGUGAAAUAAUACCAGGUUGUCAAACAAAUAUUUUCCUGUGGCUUCAUGUAAAUCCUUCAAAAUAAUUAAAAGACAUAAUCUAGAUGGUGUAUAAAUUUAAAUUGUUAACAAAAGCACACAUUAAUACAGACAACGUUAAGUUUAAGUCCAAUUUUAAAACACAAUAUAACACAAAUGACAAUAUAAUAUGUAAAUUAUUAAGUGUGACCUAAAUGUAUCGACAAAUUAACGCAGUAAGAAUUGUUGAGCUCUUACAUACUGCAAACUUUAAUGUCAAUUAUUACGUGACGUUGUCUGUAUUAAAUGUGAUGUGAUUAAAUAGGUUGUGCUUGUAAAAACAUGUUUAAAGUGUGCCUAUUGUUACUGUUUAUUGGAUGAAGGGGUUUGGUGCAUAUUUGGAGGAUAUUACAUCGCAAGAAAAUAGUGUAAUUACUAAUCUGGUUCAUGACAAUACAUUAGAUAUAAAUAUUAAAAAUAAGUAUAUUCAUUCAAGUACUACAUAAGUCAUUAAAAUCAGACUAUAUUGAAACUGUAUUAUGUUAUUGUAAUAUCGUUCAACAAUAACCUAGAUAUCUUGCUGCUGUGAGUCUUAACUAAAGUUAAUCCAAUUUCAUUUUAAACAAUAAAAUCUAACAGCGUUCAUUUUGUUAACGUAAUAUGUACCACUGCUUCACAGUACCUAUAAUAAUAAAUUACGAGAUAUUAUUUCCAUGACUGCACUUUCCUAAAACUUGUAAAAAAUAUUAAGGGCCAUAUUUUUUGAAAUGUAGCAAGUUACCCAUAAACUAUUGUUAAUACACAUGUAUACAAUUUAAAUGUUACCGUAUUUGUGCAUUAAUAAAAAAUGUGUCAUAUUA